AUGCAGAAAAGGCCAACUUUAUCAACAAGUACAUCGAGCUUUGAGGCUCUAGAUCCCCACGACACAAACCUAAGCCGCCUGGCUACCAUAAUGUUUCAAAAGACUGCUGAUUAUUUAUACGGGGAACUAACAGCCACACAUGAAGACUACAAACUUUUAGAACAAAUGAACACUGUAACAUUAUCCAAGUACGCUGAUAUGAAACAGAUUACCACAAAUGUAGGAAAAUCUAUAGCUGAUUUAGAUGAAAAAUAUUUAUCCCUGCUGCCUUGUCUAGAGCAGAUAAACGAGAUUGAAGAGUGUGUUAAUAAACUUGAACAAGCCGCUUAUAAAUUAGAUGCGUAUUCUAAAAGAUUAGAAACCAAGUUUAAAAAUUUGGAGAAACGAUAACAUAACUUUUUUGUAUUAUAUUUGUAAAUAAAAUGGAUGAUUUAAUAUUGUUGAAAUGCU